UUUCACCUCUUCUUUAAACUUAGCCAUAAAAAUGCAUCUUUUGCUCAAUUUUUAACAGUUUUGUUUAUAGGGAUUCACUUUUCCAGCAUCGCAAGAACUAUUGGCAGAGUGGGUUCCCCCGCUUGAGAGGACGAAGCUUCCGACAUUGAGGUACACACCAGUGGUAACAGACAAGCACGCUAUUGGUAGUCUGUACAGGAUGGUAACUAUCGCUUCUCAAUUAGGUGUCAUGUUUGGCUCCGUGUUCUCCUUCGCAACAUCAGGUGUUUUGGCAGACUCGGAGUUUUUGGGCGGCUGGCCGUUGCCAUUUUACGUUGGAGGAAUAAUUGGCUUUGUGUGGUUUCUUUUUUGGGUUUCGUUGGUGUCAAGUUCUCCUGAUUCUCAUCCGUAUAUAACGCCAAGUGAAAAGAAUUACAUCACAGGAGCCCUACUGGCAGAAAUAAAAGGGGAUCAAACGAUAUCCAAGAAAGUCAAGUUCACUGAAGUUCCAUGGGCCUCGAUACUUUUAUCACCGCCGGUGUGGUGUGUUUUCAUUAGCCACUUCAGUUUCAAUUGGUGUUUCUAUAUAUUGCUGACCACCUUGCCUCAGUACUUUAAAACGAUGCUUGGUUUCAACUUGCGAUCCAACGGCUUACUGUCUUCUAUUCCUUAUAUUGCAAUAAUUGUUGUUCAGCUGAGCGUUGGUCAGAUUGCAGACCUGUUACGAGAACGCUUUAACGUAAAAACAGUUUACGUUCGCAAAUUCUGUGACUGUACCGGACAUUUCCUACCGGGUGUGUGUCUGUUGAUUGUGGGUUUUCUUGGUUGUAAUCCGACAGGAGCUGUCGCUAUGCUCGUCUUAAUGGUCGGAAUAUCCGGAUUUUGCCUUGGCGGCUUUGCACCUAACCUGUUUGACAUAUGUCCUUCUUAUGCCGGAAUCGUGAUGGGUAUUUCGAAUACUUUAGCAACUGUCGCGGGUAUCGCUGGCCCAUACGUGACAGCAGUGCUGACUGAAGGACCACCAUCGUUUCAAUCAUGGAGAAAAGUCUUUUAUAUAACAACUUCCAUCUACUGGUUUGCUACAGUAUUUUACUUCUUCUUCGCAGAAGCUACAAUUCAAAAAUGGGCUAUUUCUAAGCCACAGAAGAAAGUUGAGCCGCCCGAAAAAUUCUAA